CAACCAAAAGCAGUGUCACAUUUCAGCAUCUGGUUUUCAUAGCCAAUACAGGAUGUUGUUGAAAUGCAAUAAAGUAACAGUAGUUUAGAAAUGAGACAGAAUUAGUCUGGACACUUUUUGUUCAGGUGAGAACUGUUGUUUGUCUUUUUUUGUGAGGUUUAAUUUUUUUUUCUUUUUUUUCUGUCCAGGCAGACCAGCCCACAAGACAACACAGAAGACGACGUCCAUCUCUUUGGAAAGUGCACGUCUGCACACUGUCACAUGUGGGACUGCUACAUACACCAGGAUGAUCUGGAUCACUUUAUUUCUGCCUCUUCUUGCAUCAUUAACUGUGAAUGGCAACACAGUGGCUACAUUAACUGAAGAGUUAGAGGAUGUUUCUCCCCAAGAGCAAAAACUAUAUUAUCACAAAGAACCAAGCAAAGACAAAUGCACCAUGCCAUGUGAAAUGACUGCAAAGCUAAUGCGUGAUGAGAAACACUCCUUGUGCACAAACCUCCAGCAUACCAUGGUGUCAUAUACAAGAAACACAAGGAAGCUGAUUAGAGAUCUCAUUGAGGAACAGCAGAAGGCUUUGGAAUUCCUAUCAAGCCAGAUAAUUGAUCUCAUGGCCAAAGUGAAUACGCUCAGUUCAGAUGUGCAGAGAAGCAACAGUGACAUCUUUUCUGUAAAGCCCAUGGAGUCCCACGGGAAAGACUGCAGUGACAUAAAAGAAACACUAGGUGCCGUUUCCCCAAAAAUCCCAAGUGGAAUUUACAUAAUUCAGCCAGAAAACACAGAUGUUUCGUUUGAGGUGUUUUGUGAGAUGGACGACAUGGAGGGAGGAUGGACAGUGAUACAAAGGCGGACAGACGGUCUCACUGACUUUAAACGAAUGUGGUCACAGUACUUGGAUGGAUUUGGACACUUACCAGGUGAACACUGGUUGGGUUUGAGGAAGAUCUUCAGUAUUGUGAAUCAAAGAAACACACGUUUCCAGCUGCACGUGUCUCUGAUCUCACAAGAUGAAUCCACGGCCUAUGCUUCAUAUGAUAGUUUCUGGAUUGAAGACGAAACCAAAUUCUUCGCAAUUCACCUUGGCAGAUACGCUGGUAGUGCAGGAGAUGCAUUCCGUGGGUAUGACCAAGAGCAGAAUCAAGACACUGCCCCUUUCAGUACCACUGAUGUGGACAACGAUGGCUGUUCUCCAUUCUGCACUUUUGGGGAUAAAGCUGUUGAGAGCUGCAGUGUGAACCAGAACAACACUGGAUGGUGGUUUAACCAGUGUGGAAAGGCAAAUUUGAAUGGCUCGCCAAUGGAACAGGACUUUUCCACCCACUCAGAUAUCCACUGGGACACCUGGACCAAAAAUGGCACACUUGUCCAAAUUAAAUCAGUGACUAUGAAGAUCAGAAGAGUUGAGAUCCCGAAUUUAAAAUAAGCAUCUGUAAAUGAUGCACUGAAAUGGAACAAGUUGUUAUUUGAACUAUAGAACUUGCACCCUAUGUUUUUAUUUUUUUUCCUUUUUUGAAACAUGACUAAGGGCAUCAUCCAAUAACUUCAUCCUCAUUCAAUCCAAGGCGUAAACCUCCAGCUUCUUUGUAAGCCUCUGUUCAUCAUUAUGAACUAUGAAUAUAUGACAUAGUAUGACAGAGAUAUUGCAUCCACAUUGGAAGGGCAUCCACUGUGUAAAACAUAUGCUGGAUAAACCGGCAGUUAAUUAAGCUGUGGUGAACCCUGAAAAAUAAAGGGACUAAGCUAAAAGAAAUUGAAUAAAUGUUUAAAACAAGCUCUGGAGCAAUUGAUUUGUUAGUGCAGUUUAUGUGAAUAAUU